UUAUAAUAUUUUGUACGGUCGUGUACUUUGUACAAAAGUCUGGAAAAAAAUUGGACUCCAAAAAAAGCAAAAGAGCCAAAACGACCAGUUGAAAUAAUAAACAUAGACAUCUAAGGUGUGUUCAAUCAAUAUAGAUAAGGAAGAAUAGUAAUCAUGGUGUUGUAUAAAGAAGAGAACUUCCUCGUGGUCCAUCCUGGUUCCAAACAUACGUUGUUUUCCUUUGGAUUACAAGAUUCAUUGUCUCCACCUCAAUAUAAGAUUCCAUCUAUUGUUUAUCAAGAUCCAAAGACUAAAGAAUAUAAAUCAAAACGAAAUGAAAAUGAAGAUGGUGAAGGUAGUAUCAAGUUGAUUGAGAUUCAUCCGAUUAAAGCAGCUAAGAUUGUUGAUGUUAACGCGUUCAAUUAUCUCUUAAAGAUUAUCUUACAAAGUGUCAUAACUAAUAAUCCAAUUAUAACUAUUAAUCAAAUACCUUUAUUAUUAAUUAUUCCAUCGUUAACUUGGUCAAGAGCAAAUAUUGAAUAUGUUACCAAAUACGUCAUAGAGACUUUGGAAUUCACUGCGUUUAAUAUUUUGGAUAUUUCCUUAGCUUCUACAUUUGGAAUUGGAUCUUCUACUAAUUCGAUUGUGGUUAAUGUCGGUUAUGAAUCCAUGCAAAUUGUUCCUGUUCUUGGAUAUCAAAUCAUUAAAUAUGCUAGUAAAUAUAUUAAUGGUGUUGGUAGUAAUCUUAUAAAUGAAGAACUUGCUAAAAUCUUACCUAAUUUAUCAUCAUCUCAAAUUGAAGAUUUAAAAACUUCAAAUAUUUAUGAAGUUUUAAAUGAUCAUGCUGAUUCAUUCUAUACUUAUGAUGAUAUAAAUAACGCGGGAGUUACUAAUGAUGAAGAUGAAUUCGACAUUGCUAAGAAAAUAACUGAAGAUUCAGUUGAACCAACUACUAUUGCUGAAACAAAUGGUAAUUCUAAACCAGAAGAAUCAAAUGGUAAUACUAAACAAGAAGAAGAAGUGAGUGAAGAAGAUCAAAAACCAAAUCAUGAAUUAGAAACUAAUAAAUUCAUUGAUUCCAAAACUGGAUCUAAAAUCGCGGUGGGUAAAGAAAGAUUCCAAGGUUGUAAUAAAUUAAUUAAUAUCAUUGCUGAAAAUAUUUAUAAAUCUCUUAAAUUGAUUCCUGAUUUAGAAAAAAGACAAGAAUGUUAUACCAAUAUCAUAAUAGUUGGAUCUACUGGGAAAAUACCUGGUUUCAAAGAAGGGGUGUUAUAUAAAUUAUCUCAAGAUUAUCGUAUUCGUGAACCUCGUACUGAUAAUGGUACUUCUGGAGGUGAUGAUGGUAAAGAUGAUGGUAUUAAUUCAGCUUUGGCUAAAUAUCAACAAGCUGAAGAUGAUGUUGAAGGUGAAUCCAAUAAUGAUUUAUCUCAAGUUCCAAAUACGAUUAAAUUAGCUAAAUAUCCUGAUUAUUUUCCGGAAUGGAAAAAACCAAAGGAAAAGGGAGGAUCAUGGGAUGAUAUUUACUUUUUAGGAGGUGAAAUUUAUGGAAAACAAAUCUUUUCUAAUAAUUCAAAUCAUGGUCGUGAAUUAUUCAUUGAUAGUGAUGUUUAUGAAGAAAGAGGUCCUCAAAGUAUUUGGGAUGUUAGUAUUUAAUCGUACUAACAACCGCUAUUUAAAAAAAUUAGAUAACUUUUGUAACAAUAAUAUCAAUGUAUAACUUUCAAUUAGAACUUAUCUUGUAGAGAUAUUUCAUUAUGGUGUUGCAUUUGAUGACUUGUGG